UCAGGUGAGCCGAAACAUUCUUGCUGCUCUGCAGUGUCACCAGCAACAUCAGUUCUUUUCACUCUGCCUCUUUCAACCUUUUUUCUUUCCUUUCCGCCAUUUCCGUGAGUGGACUUGCUGCACAGAGAGAACCACAGCAAUGGAUUCCCUACAAGUUGCAAACACUGCAUUUGCGGUUGACGUUUUCAAGAAACUGGCCGAAAAGGACAAAACUGCUAAUAUUAUUUUUGCUCCCCUUUGCACUUCAACCUCACUGGCUCUUGCAUAUAAAGCUGCCAAGGGGGACACAGCAACUCAAAUGAAACAGGGCCUACAUCUAGAAGAUGUCAAAGAUGUUCCUUUCGGAUUCCAAACAAUAACAGCGGAUGCUGCCAAACUUAGUUCUUUUUAUCCUCUGAAAAUGGUCAAGCGACUCUUUGUAGAAAAAUCCCUUAACCCCACUAUGGAGUUUGUAAGUUCUGUGAAAAGACCCUUCCCAUCGGAAUUGGAACUAGUGGACUUCAAAGAGAAAACAGAAGACACCAGACUGCAAAUCAACAAAUCUGUUUCUGAUCUUACUGAUGGUAAAAUGGAGAACAUUUUGAUUGAGGGGACUGUCAAUGACCAGACAAAGAUCCUAUUGAUAAAUGCUGCCUAUUUUGUAACCAACUGGAUGAAGAGAUUUCCUGAGGCGCAAACUAAGGAAUGUCCUUUUAGGAUAAACAAGACGGAAACCAAGCCAGUGCAGAUGAUGAACCUGGAAGCUACGUUUUGCCUUGGUUACAUAAACGAUUUAAAAGUCAAGAUUCUGGAGCUGCCCUGUCAUAACAAGCACAUGAGCAUGCUCAUCUUGCUGCCCAAAGACAUUGAGGAUGAUACCACUGGACUCGAACAGCUUGAGAAGGAGCUCACCCCCGAGAAGCUAAUACAAUGGACAAAUCCAAGUGUGAUGGCAAACACGAAAGUCAAUGUGUUUCUUCCCAAAUUCAAAGUGGAUGGGGAAUAUGAUUUCAAGCCAAUUUUAGAAAGUCUUGGCAUGACCAACAUGUUUGAUGAGAGUGCGUCGGAUUUCUCUGAAAUGUCAGAGACCAAAGGGGUAGUUUUGUCUCAGGUCAUCCACAAAGUCUCUCUGGAAGUCGUUGAAGAAGGGGCAGAGUCCCUAGACGUACCAGGGUACCGGAUCCUGCAACACAAAGAUGAAUUUAAUGCUGAUCACCCAUUUUUCUUCUUCUUCCGGCACACCAAAACUCGCAAUAUUGUUUUUGCUGGCAGAUUCUGUUCUCCUUAAAUGGAAAAAAGCAAUUAACCAAAAGCCUGAUUUAUAUAUUUCUAUCACAACAUUUUUUUCUGCAAACCUUUGAAAGCUGAGUAUGAAGUACUGAAAAGGUAAUCUAAGUUGUUUCAUAUAUUGAGUAGGCUGUACAACUUACUUUCAGUAUGAAGUUAUUACUCAAAGCAGAAUUGACAAUGUGCACUUUCCAGAGGCAGCAAUUAACAUAGCAUGUAACUUUGUAUUAUGUCUCCAAAAUAAUGUGGUUCAUUUCUUACUCAUCUACAGUAAUUAAUUAUUUUUCUGGAAUUUUGGGCCUUGGGAAAUACUUGUAGCAUCUCCUUAGAUGUAAAAAACAAAACAAAACCCUAUGGAAGUAAACUACCAGUAUGUUACCGGAAUCAUUGACAUCUUAAGUUUAUAUGGCCUUUGAUUUGAUGCUGUUUUCUGCCUGUGAGGAAAGAGAGUUGUUCUAAAAUUGAAAUCCAGUUAUUAUUGUGGGAUUGAACCAAAUUCAAGUUGAAUACAGUAAAAAUGUACGUUUUCAUCUUUUGUUAACUCCCUUCCUGCUGCCUGUGUUUGGUAUCAAGAUUACCUUAAAUUAUUCCAAAUAAAGCAUUGCAGAAACUGA